AGAGUUUGUUGGGCGAGCCUCACUGAGACCCUUAGUUAUAUAUUCCUGCAGAAUAUUCGUAUCUUUCUGCUGAAGGUGUUUCCCUGUCUCGUUCGAAAGGAUGCUGAUUCCUCCGAGCGAGUCCUCAUGGACAUGCGCUGGGGCCUCGUUCCCUCCUGGUUCAAAAAGGAUGACCCCUCCAAAAUGCAGUAUAAUACCUCCAACUGCCGCAGUGACACCAUGCUGAAGAAGUCCUCCUACAAGGGCGCUCUCCUCCAGGGCAAGCGCUGCGUGGUCCUGGCAGAUGGCUUCUACGAGUGGCAGGCGCACAGUGGGGGGAAGCAGCCGUAUUUCAUUUACUUCCCUCAGACCAAGGACGCUGUGGCUGAGGGGAAGGAAGAAGACGAGGAGUGGAGGGGAUGGAGGUUGCUCACCAUGGCUGGGAUUUUUGACUGCUGGGAGCCACCAGCAGGAGGAGAAAUGCUGUACACUUACACCAUCAUCACUGUGGAUGCCUCCAAGGACGUGAGCUUCAUCCAUCACAGGAUGCCAGCCAUCCUGGAUGGGGAUGAGGCCAUCAGGAAAUGGCUGGACUUUGCUGAAGUGCCAACCCAAGAAGCGGUUAAACUCAUCCAGCCCACAGAGAACAUCGUUUUCCACCCAGUGUCCACCUUUGUCAACAGUGUCCGCAACAACACACCUGAGUGCCUCGCACCCAUCGAGCUGGGAGCCAAGAAGGAGGUCAAAGCCACCCCAAGCAGCAAAGUGAUGCUGGGCUGGUUAAAAAACUCCCAAGAGGGCUCUCCUCAGAAGAAAGAAAAUAAUUUGCCCAGGUGGACAAGUCAGUUCAUCCACAGCCCUUCGCCCAAGAAGACCAGCGCAGGUAUCCUGCAGCAGUGGCUGGGGAAAGAGGGAGAGCCGGCUGCGAAGAAGCGCAAGGCUUAG